UACUGACGGCGUACGGACUUGUGCCGGUGGACUAGAAACUCCCGCCAUUUCGACAAGGAAUUAACCUCUUGAUUGAUCCAGGUUACUUUUCGAAACACUUGCUAACGCUGUUAUCUGAGAACGAGAAGCGCUGACAGUACGAACAUGCCGCUAAUACGGUUGACUAAAAGAGAACAGGCCUAGUUUGCAAAGACUUGGGAUUGUUACGUUACAGCGCGCCAGACCUCCCGUUGAUCUGAGCUUUUGGCUGUUGCCGCGAGUUUGAUUUUAAGGUGAUUUGCAUCCUUUCAUGUCCAUCCUGAGGAGCUAAAAGUUCACCAACUAUACCAAGGGACAAGUCUGGCAAUCUGUUUUACAUUUAAGACACUGCGUGAAACCAGCAUGACACCGCUACGAGAGGAGAGAAGAAGGGUGCGAUGAGGCGGGUGGCAAGAAGCGCACUGUUAUUGUUUUGCAACGAGAUAGCAAUCCAGCCUGCUAGCUAGUGAGCUAGCUGCUACACGUUGAGUGCCGGGCCUGCCGGCUGUAACGUGAAGCGUGCUAAGAUAUUUCUGGACACACGGAUACAUGCUAAGGACAUUAUUGUAUACUAUUGCGCUAGUGUGUUGCUAGAAGUUUUAUUUUUUCCGGUGCCAUCUGUGGAUUUGAAAUGGCACCGCUUUUAGGCCGGAAACCGUACCCACUGGCUAAGCCGCUAGCCGAGCCACCAGGCCCGGGAGAGGAGGUCUACAUCAUCGAGCACACCAAGGAGGCCUUCAGGAACAAAGAAGAGUAUGAGGCACGCUUGCAGAGGUAUGGUGAGCGCAUCUGGACAUGCAAGAGCACUGGGAGCAGCCAGCUUACACACAAAGAAGCAUGGGAGGAGGAACAAGAAGUCACUGAACUGCUUCAAGAGGAGUAUCCCACGUGGUUUGAGAAGCCGGUCUUGGAGAUGGUCCACCACAACACAGUGUCUUUAGACAAACUGGUUGAAAUGGCCUGGGUGGAAAUCCUCACAAAGUAUGCUGUGGAUGAAGAGUGUGACUUCCUGGUGGGGAAGGACAAAACUUUGCAGGUGAAGGUGGUGAAGAUACACCCCUUAGAAAACCCAGAGGGCGAGACAGGGGAGAAGAAGCUUGAAGGCGCCUGUGACUCACCAUCCAGCGAUAAGGAGAAUGCAAGUCAGGAGAACCAGAGGAAGGAACCUCCUCCCAGAGAGGAGGAGAACAGGAGGGAGAGUCUCAGUGACAGAGCACGACGUUCACCGAGGAAACUACCCACUGCCAUGAAGGAAGAGAAGAAGAAAUGGGUGAUGCCAAAAUUCCUUCCUCAUAAGUACGACGUGAAGCUCAUCAAUGAGGAUAAGGUGAUCAGUGAUGUCCCAGUCGACAGUCUUUACAGAACGGAGCGCCCUCCAACCAAGGAGAUCAUGCGCUACUUCAUUAGGCAUUAUGCUCUGAGGCUUGGCAUGGGAGAGAGCGCUCCCUGGGUGGUUGAAGAUGAACUGGUUAAAAAAUUUAACCUCCCCAGCAAAUUCAGUGACUUUCUGCUUGAUCCACACAAGUUUUUAGCAGAGAAUCCUUCCACUAAACGUAAGAGCUUGACAUCUCCAGAGGGUAAACCUAGCAAGAAGCUCAAGACCUCUGACACACCAGGAGAGGAGUCAGGAAAUGAGAAGGGAGAGAAGAAAAAGAAAAAGAAGAAAGACUCGUUAGGCAUGCCCCUUUCUCCGACCAUUUGGGGCCACAUGCAGAAAAUAAAAAUGAAUGGCUCCCCACUUAAGGUAAAGAACUCAGGAACUCCAAAGAAAGGAGAAGGAAAAGGCUCGGCUCCCUCCACUCCAAAAUCAAGCAGAAAGUCUGGGGAAAAGAAAGAAGGAAAGAGAACUGGAAAGAGCGGCGAUAAGAAGCUCAACGUCCUCAAAGCUUCUAAAAAGGAAGGGAAAGCAGGCGCUAAGACACCGAAGAUGAAGCAGAUGACUCUGCUGCAUCUGGCUAAGAGCACUCCUGCUGGGAGCCCUAAGAAGAGAGCCCGUAGUAAUAGCAUGGGUACGCCUAAACUGGGGAAGCCACUGCACCCUAUGGCUCUGCAUCUCCUUCGUUACUAUAAGGAGAACAAAGGCAAAGAAGACAAAAAGAACUCCCUUUCCUCCCUCAUCUCCAAGGCUGCGAAAACCUUGUCCCCAGAUGAUCGGAACCGGCUGCCAGAAGAGCUCAAGGAGCUGGUGCAGAAACGCUGGGAGCUACUGGAGCAAAAGAAGCGGUGGGCGGCCAUGAGUGAAGAGGAAAGGCAGGAAGAGAUAAAGAAAAGGCGAGAGGAACUCAAAGAGAAACUGCGAGAAAAGGCCAAGGAGCGACGCGAGAAGGAGAUGCUGGUCCGCCGUGAACAAUCACGCAGAUAUGAGGACCAGGAGAUUGAAGGUGACAAGAGUCUGCCGGCGUUCAAACUCGUAGACAUGCCCGAGGGUUUGCCCAACACUCUGUUCGGUGAUGUGGCUAUGGUCGUGGACUUCCUUCACUGCUAUGCAGGGCUGCUGAUGCCGGAUGACCAGUAUCCCAUCACAGCGGUGGCUCUGAUGGACGCACUGGCUGGGGAGCGGUCUGGCUUCCUCUAUCUGAACAGGGUGCUGGUGGUGCUGCUUCAGACGCUGCUGCAGGAUGAGCUGGCAGAAGGUUACAGCGAGCUCGAUGUCCCCUUAUCUGAGAUCCCCCUGACCAUGCACUCUGCGUCAGAGCUGGCACGUUUGUGCUUGCGACCAUAUGACGCUCACGGCGAGGAGAGCGGCCAGGGCUCAGAGGACUCUGGUGCGCUGGGCGGCUUUGAUGACGUGGUGACCAGUGAGUUCUUGGAUAAGCUUGAGACAGUUGAGGUGUUUGAGCUGAGCCCAGAGGAGAAGGUCAGCCUACUGGUGGCACUGUGCCACCGCAUACUAAUGACGUACUCUGUUGAAGACCAUGUUGAUGCAAAGCAGCAACGGUCUGCUGAGCUGUGGAAGGAGCGUCUGGCAAUGCUGAAAGAGGUCAAUGACCGCAAGAAGGAAGAGAAGAAGAAGCGAAAGGAGAUGGAGGUCAAAGGUGAGAAAAAGAAAGAGGGGGCUGCUAAGAAGGAGAUCAAAAAAGAGGUAAAGGUGGAGCCGGAGCCAGAGCCAGACGACAUGAUCAGCUCAGUGAAGAGCCGGCGUCUGAUGGCCAUGCAGGCCAAGAAGGAGAAGGAGGAGAUGGACAGACAGAACAAAGAGCGCAUGGAGAAGGAGGCUGAAGAAGAGCGGAUGCGUAGACAGAGGGCUGCUACGGAAAGGGCCUUCCAGGAUGGUAUAACCAAAGCCAGGCUUGUCAUGCGCAGGACCCCGCUGGGUACUGACAGAAAUCACAACAGGUACUGGCUUUUCUCUGACGUGGUUCCUGGGCUGUACAUUGAGAAAGGCUGGGUGCACGAAAGCAUCGACUACAGCUUCACCCCUCCACCUGAGGACAAACCAGCUGAGCCUGAGGUAGAAGAGGAAGAGGAUGGUGGGUCGACCAUCACUCAGGAUUCACAAGGAGCUGAAAAGGAUGAGGGCAGCAUAGAUGGUGCGAUUAGUGAGGGAGCCCAGCAGGGGGCAGUAGCAGACAUCUGUAUAGAAACUACUGUUCCCAAGCAGGGACAGAACCUCUGGUUCAUAUGUGACAACACUGCUGAGCUGGAGGAACUAGUGGAAAGUCUUCAUCCUCAGGGAGUUCGAGAGAGUGAACUGAAGGCGAAGAUAAAAAGCAGAUACCAGGAAAUCCUCCACUCCAUCCAUCUGACCCGCAAGGGCAAGGUAGGCCUCAGGAGCUGUGAUGGCUACACGGAGCUGCUCAAAUACCUGCGCAGUGACAUACAGGAAAUAGCCUCGCGACUCCAGAAGGGAGGCUUGGGAUACCUGGAUGAUAACAUAGACAUCGAAGAUCAGUUGAACAACAUGGAAAGCUUGAAAGAGUUUGGCGAGUGCAUCAUCACUAUUCAGGCCUGUGUCAUCAAAAAGUUCCUGCAGGGAUUCAUGGCCCCCAAGCAGAAAAAGAAGAAAAAGCAAGGAGGGGAAGAAAACAGCAAGGCCGAAGAGGUGGACGAGGAGAAGAGACUGGCAGAAGAGGCCAGGGUAGCGACAGCGGUAGAGAAGUGGAAGACUGCUAUCCGAGAAGCCCAGUCCUUUUCCCGCAUGCACGUCCUGCUGGGAAUGUUGGACGCUUGCAUAAAGUGGGACAUGUCUGCAGAGAACGCUCGCUGCAAAGUCUGUCGCAGGAAAGGUGAUGAUGAGAAACUCAUCCUCUGUGAUGAAUGCAACAAGGCCUUCCACCUGUUCUGUCUGCGACCGGCCCUGUAUCGCAUUCCUAGCGGAGAGUGGCUGUGCCCGGCCUGCCAGCCCACCGUGGCCAGACGUGGCUCACGCUCAAGGAACUAUAACCAAGACACCGAUGAAGAAGAGGAUGAGGAGGAGUCUGAAGAGGAGUACUCUGAGGAAGAUGAAGAGGAGGAGGAAGAGAAUGACUACAAAGCCAUGGGACACAGCUUGAGACCAAGGAAGAAAAAUAAGCAGUCUUCGUCUCGGCAGAAAAGUUCAAAAAGUAAACCCAAGAAGCAGUCGUCUUCAAGUAGUCAGAACAACAAACAGAGAACUGGCCCCAACAGCCCUGCAGACAUUGAUGAACUGGUGCGACAGAGCGCUCAGUCAGGAGUAAGGAGGCAGGCGCUGGAGCUGGAGAGAUGUGAGGAAAUCCUCAAGAAACUGACAAAGUUCCGCUACAGCUGGCCUUUCAGGGAGCCUGUGUCUCCGGAUGAGGCAGAGGAUUACUUGGAUAUCAUCUCCCAGCCCAUGGACUUCCAGACGAUGCUGGGAAAGUUCAGCCAGGGCUCAUAUCGUAAUGCCCAGGACUUCCUGGAAGACUUGAAACUGGUCUUCUCCAACGCAGAGGAGUACAACCAGCAGGGCAGCACCGUGCUCUCCUGCAUGGUAAAGACGGAGCAGACGUUCACAGAGCUGCUCCAGAAGCUGCUGCCUGGCCUCAGCUACCUCCGCCGGCGCUCACGAAAACGCAUCAGCCGAGCCCCUGCAACAUCCGAGGAGGAGGAGGAGGAGGAGGAGGAAGAGCAGGAAGAGGAAAAAGAACCGAAGAAGAUGCAGAAUGGCAAAUCCAACAGGAAGAAAGCCAGAAAUGAUCGGGGACGGAGGGAUGAGGAAAGCGACAGUGAUGAGGAGGAUGAGGAUGAUGGCAGGAGGAGAAGUAAGCGGACCUCUGCCACCUCAGGCAAGAAGGAUUACAGGGAGCAGGAUAGCGAUGGCGAGCGGGACACACGGAGAACUCGUCAGCGGGGAGGCCGGGGUGACGCUGGGGGGGUUAGCAGCGAUGAGGACCAGUCCAGCCAGCAGCGACAUUCCAAGAGACAGAAACGCUCAUGAAGUCCAGUGUGCUUUUUUUGAAGGGGGGGUCUUUCUUUGCUUUAAAAUUUCUGUCCCGCUCUUCUAAAAAUGAUCAGGAGCCCCCCACGGUCUCCUCCUCCUCCAGCCAGCGGGACUUAAUCCUCAGAAGGACUUUUUUGUGUUAUUGAAUUUCUGUUCAUAUUUUGACAACGACAAAAGAAAAGUGAUUUAUAUUUGUAACAUGUUUAAUAUUGGUGAUGUUUUUUUCUUUGUUUGUUUUUUCAACCAAGAAAAAUGAGACAUUUGCGAUAACGGAGAGGUCCUCAUAGCUCUUACGACUCUUUUUGAUUUGAAUUUCAGUUCAAAGUUUGACAACCUCACACACAAGUGUAAUUUGACUUGAAAUGUUGUCCUUUGAACUGUUUGUUUUUUGGGGGUUUUUUUGCGCUCCCCAGACACCAGAACAGUGUAAUGUGAGAUCUGUCUUCACUCCUGACACACGUAGUCCAGCCAUCACUUUACUGGGGUGUUUUGGGAUAGUUAAAUCUAGCUGUAAAAUGUUUGUCCCUCACACAAGUCAAGUUGUUUUCAAUGACACAAAGUACUUCUUGUUAAAGAGAGACGAACUCCUCCGGGGACGUCUGUCUUGGUUUAAAAACAACGCUGAUGUGAAUUUUUCCUGACACCUGUAUCUCUUAUUACUAAGCAUCUUGACACCAAGAUUAUCUUUGGUCAAAUGCAAGUAUAUAGAUAAACAUGAUAGUAUUUUAGUAGAUGUAGUAAAAAAAAUAAAUAAAAAAUUCCAAUCCAGAUUUGUCAAAAGCUGGGUCGAGACUGCAGAUCACACAUGUAGUCACAACACUUUAGUGCUAAAACACAAGUUUCAUCUCAGCUCUUGGUGCCAUGAUGUUUUCAAAAAUAGGGGUCCGACUUUGGAGUCUCAUUCUUGGCGUGUAGAGCUGACCAGCCUCUCCUCCUCUGUAGUGCCCUGCCACUUUAAAAGAACCGGUACCUCAAUGUCAGUUUGCACUCCUCCUGUGUCAAGUGCACCUAUUAUGCCAGCAGCUGCAGGACCAUACUUUAUUGAAAUUAUGUGCAUAAACAUUUGUAAACAGUGUUUAAAAAAACAAAUAUGACGUUUGUUAAGAAAAUGGGCAUUUUUGAAUAUUUGAUAUUUUUUGCACAUUUUAUUUGGUAUUGUAAAUGACAACUUUGUUAGUCGAUCUUAAUCAUAUCCAAUAAAUCGCAAGUUGAAACCAGGGCUCUCCUAGUCGACGCGGAGAACAUGUUGGACUUAUUUUGCUUUUGUCACAGCAGAAAUGGUUGAACUCGUCACUUGUACAUUUUGUAAAAAAAAACACCUAAAGCCCCUGCCACUGAUUAAAAUAAUUUAGUGACAAACAUGUGGGUGAAAACUGCUCCUUCCCUGCGUGCCCUGGCUCAGUCACCAGGUGGCGCUCUAUUCCUGCAUUUUGAGUGCUUUUUUCCCCAGCAGUUCAUCGGCAGCAGCUGUUAGCUGGAUGGGUGUAACACCUGGCGUGCGUGCGUGCGCGCGUGUGCAGUGGUAUGAAAGGGCAUGGUGAGCUUCAUAGUGCUUGGAUGAAAACUGCUUCACCAAGUUUAUUAAAAUUUUGACUUGGACACCACACACUCACUAAACGAAAACUUUUCAAACGUGCUGAAAUUCUUGUAGUUUGUGGGGAGGUUGCCAGCUAUAUAUAUAUAGCUGCAUACAUACACACUGAUAUGGCAGUGGUUGGUUUGUCUGUACUGUGCUGUUCUCCUGUGUUUCUCUAGAGCGGUUAUCCAGACUUUACUGAUUUCAUUUGCGCUCCCCCCCAGCUUAUUAUUUUUUGUUUUAAUUCAGCUUUGUUCCUGACACGAUUAAUAAUUGUUAAAAUCACUUUUAUAAUUGUUUGACAUUUCAACGAACAAACGAAAAGGUUGGCUGCCCUUCUCAAGUUGAGACCUGACUGUAAAUGCUUUCUUUGUUCUUGGAGGAACUGCAAAAGUCUUUUACACUUCCUUUUUUUAUAUAUAUAUUAUAGUCUCUAAAGCUGGGUUUGGGCAGGUUCGGAGGAUUCACAUGUAAAGAAUUUCCAAUAAAGGCUAUGGAUGAAGACUGUA